GAGAGAGAGCGCGCGAGACGCCUCCUUCACGGCGGACUUCCCACCGGCCCGCUGCGUACCCAAUAGGAGCGCGCCGUCCUUAAGCUCCCGCCCCCGCCAGUGACGCCACCCGCGCGCCGUGACGUCGAGCUGCGCGUCGCUCCGUGCGCCGUGUCCAUGGACAACCUCGGAGGACGGGGCUGACAGGGCGGAGCGGGAGAGAUGGCCUCUUCCAUGGUCAGAGCCACCGUUCGGGCCGUGAGCAAGAGGAAGAUUCAGGCCACUAGAGCCGCCCUCACACUGGUCAGUCCUUGAGGGGCGGGGUGGGGGAAGGGGGGGUGCGCGCGCACCUCACCUUUCGCUUGGGGGCGGGGCUUCUCGACCCUCCGCUGGCCGGUAAACAAGAGGACUGCGCAGGCGCAGUUGCGGCGUGUUCCAGGGGCUGUGAGUGGGGUUGGGGGAGGGGCACAUCACGAGCUGGGGGUGGCAGGCGGAAGUUCGCAGGGUGAAGCGUUUCCCCUCCUUGCCUGUGUUGGGAGACGCCAUUCGCCACAGGAGGGAAGGAGAUCUUGCUCUGCUCCUGCAGGUUAUCUCUGUGUGUGUAAAAUAGAAUUUUUAUUAGUUUUCAAUUACAGUACAGUCCAAUAAUAGCCUCAUAAUAACAAUGCCAAAUUAUAAUACAGUUACUAAUACCAAUCAUUCAGGUACCAAAUUAUAUAAUUUAGGCGGCCCCCCCAUGCACUCUCGUUGGUUCCCAAGCCUUUGCCUUAAAGGAAUUUACUUGGGAAAGUCCUGUUUCCGCUAAGGUGGACCAGAUACAUAAUAGUAAUAAUAGUAUCAAUUUAUUAUUUAUACAGUGAUACCUCGGGUUACAGACACUUCAGGUUACAGCUCUGCUAACCCAGAAAUAGUACCUCGGGUUAAGAACUUUAGUUCGGGAUGAGAACAGAAAUCGCAUGGCAGCAGCGGGAGGCCCCAUUAGCUAAAGUGGUGCUUCGGGUUAAGAACAGUUUCAGGUGAAGAACAGACCUCCAGAAUGAAUUAAGUUCUUAACCCGAGGUACCACUGUACUCUGCUCAUCUGGCUGGGUUUCCUCAGCCACUCUGCCAACAGAAUAUUCAAGACACGAUAAAACAUCAAAUAUUAAAAACUUCCCUAAACAGAAUACAUAGGGCUCUUCAGACAAGUUCCAGCCACUGAAUAUGUUACAUGCAACCAUUGAAAAUGUAGCAUAGUCAUCCUCUGUGUCUGAUAAUUGGAAUCUCUCUUUCUUUUUACAAAGUGGGGGAAGAAUAUGAGAAAGGAUUUUUUUUUCACAGGCCAAACGCAGUAUGAGUAGCAUAGCAUGUUUUUUCUUCCUUCCUUCAUAAACCCUCUUUUCGUAUUCUGGACAACUUCUUUGAGGAGUGCAUGCAGGGGAGCAGGAUGGCACCUGCUAGGUUCAUUCCUUGGCCUCCUUGUGCCUGACCCUUCUCUCCCCCUGCCAACUUAAACAGAUUGGUUGGGUAGUCAGCAACCAUAGUCAGUAAGGCAAGAACAAAUGUGGCUUGUUUUGUCACCUGAAUUGGAUAUAACACUAUGCCCAAGAUCGUGGUUUGUUCUUCCUGUUUGGUAGCAGGAAGGAGCAAAGUAGUCAAGAUCAGUGUGUUCUUCAUGGUAAGCUGUUAACUAUGAUUAGCAUAUACAGGUUGAGCGGUUGAUGUCAUGGACUGGCUGGACAUCAAGGAAUGGUGAGAGGCACCAGCUAGAGAGCCCCCAAGGAAUGAUGGCUCAGAGCCUGGGGAUUGGUGGUGGGAUGACAGUGAGUGGUCAGAGUGAGAAGACUUGAGAGGAGGAUGUCAGCCUGGAUAAGCUCAGUUGGUUAGAGGUGUCGGAAGAGGGAACAGGGUUUAGUGAGCAGGGAGAGUCUGUGACAGAGAGAAGCAGAAGUGGAAGCAGGAGAGGAUGGAGGCCAAGAGGCAGAGAUGAGUCAGGCUGGUGAAGAAUCCAGGGUGUCUCCUCCUGCUGCUGUGACAGGCUGCCCUCCUCCCCUGGUCUCCCGGGACCAAAGGAGGUAUGAAAAGGGAGGAACAGAGACAGGUGCAAUGGCGAAGUUUCAGAUUGCUUGGGAAGGACCCAGGAGAGGAGGAGAUUUAGGUAGUUGUGGGAAGGCUGGGAUCGUUAGCCUCUGCAACUGCCUCUCAGGGGCAAGACCUACCAAAUAAUUGCUGUGCUCAUUAAGCCUAGCACUUUUGAACUGACCUUGUUUCUUCUAAUGAAGAGUUAGCUUCGCUUACUCGGGGUGAUUUAUUCCUGACAGUUGAUUCCUUUUUUAUACUUUACUGAAGUUUAUUCUUUUCUCAGAAAUUUGCAUUGGUUUCUGUGCUGCAGUGUUUGUGACAAUUAGGGGUAAUCAGAGUAGAAUCUGUCCCAGAAAGUCACCUUAUUUAUGUAAUUGAAGAUGUUUAGAACUAGUGGCAUUACUUAAGUUCAUAGUUACUUGGUUUGGAUUACAAAUUUAUCCAACUCUUAAUGCUCAUUCUAAUUUCAUACAAAGCAACAUCUCUCCAGAAAGUUGUUCUUGUGCUCUGUUUAUUAUCUGAGCUGAUGUGUCUCCCUCUGUGCACUUUGUGUGUUACAGCAGCAACAUAGUAGUCUCCAGGACACCUGAUGUCUAUCUUAAGGAUUUGGGGAAACUAUUUUUCUCAGGUGCCUGGGAAGUUGCCUUGCAGCAUCCAGGGAUUGAGGUAUCCUACUUGCCAUCAAAUUAGGGAAAUGGAAAGGAAAGGAGAGUUUGGGCUGGACUCAAAGAUGGGGGUGUGGAUUGAGACCAUGUUAUGCCGUUGGAAGUGUGGCAACCAAAUUUUGGGAUUGUGCUUGAUAAAACUAGAGUUGCUGAGGAGUUCUGUUGUUUGCUGAGCCCAGUUUUGAAGUAAACCAAGUGAACUUCACAGAUCUCUAGUUACAACCUAAUCCUAAAAUAUCAAGAAAUCAAAUAGUUGCUGUUCAUUGAUAGUAUGAGCUGUUUAUCGUGGGGAUAUGAGAAUUUGUACUGAACCUAGGCUCUUAAAGUGGUGGGGAAAAACAGGUUUUGAUUUAAGAUAACAAGAUGCAGCUGAGUAUUCAUCUAAUCCAAAGCUAUUCCUAAAAACCUUUCAGACCCCAUCUGCUGUGCAGAAGAUAAAACAACUGCUUAAAGACAAACCUGACCAUGUAAGUAGAGAUGGAGAGUAUGCCUGACAUUACUCAUCUGUUUAAUAUUCGUUUACAUGUGCUGCUGUUUGUUAUAGUUCUAGCAGAUACCCUUUGAAUUAAUACGUUGUAAAAUAGAGUGAAUUUGUAUUUUAAAUUUGAAACUGUACUAAUCUAGCAACUGCAUGUUCAACAGUGGAGAAAGGCAAUGCUGUUCCUGGUGAAAAUGGUUUUAGAGUCUGUUGCAUAUUGAUAGUGAUGAAGCCUCACUGUUGUUUUUCACAUGUAUUAAAAAUAUAGUGAAACGUACUGAGCUUCUUGAUAUCAUGUGAGAAUGUCUGGGAUAACAUGUGAUUCAUUCAUUAUUAAGUCCAUUGUCCCAGUCCUUAAAAAGCUGGUGCUGUUGGGAUGUAUCCAGUUGUGUCCCACUGCUGCUAGAAGGCUCUUAGAUCCAGCAAAAGCUUCCAUUUGAAAGCAGGAAAUGUGUGGAUUGCUUGCUUGCUUGCAGAUUCCAUUGGAGAAGGGCUGAGGCUUAGCGGAAGAGAAUCCAUUUUAUAAGCAGGUUCCAUGUUCAAUCCCUGGCAUCUUCAGUUAAGGCUGGGAGAGAACUCUGCCUGGAGAUCUGCAGUCAUUCAGGAUAGACAACAUUGAGCCAGAUGGACGAUGGUCUGACUCUGUAUGACAGCUUUCUAUGUUCCUAUAACCCCCUGCACCACCUCCUCUGCUGUUUCAAAGGGUAUUUCAAAUUUCUGCAGAAGGUUUUGGGGGAAGGGGUGCUGGGGACUGUAAAGGAAAGGUAGAAUUGGCAAAAAAUAUCACCACUUCCCUUUUACACUUAGACAAGCAUCUCCUGGAUUAAAAAAACCUAUCAGCAGAUGGAUACAGUUGGAUGCAACUUAUGAAAUCUACCGGGCUUGAAUCAUGCACAAAUUGUUUACGUCACUGAAACUCGAUUACUUUUUACUGAUUGGGAGACCAGAGAAUGUCAGGCUUUCGUUUCUAUGCAGACAUGAAAUUUUAGUAGAUUAAUUGACUGUUGCCUUGUAGGCUUCCUGUAUUAACAUUCUCUACCAUUUUAAAAAACAUUUUUUUAUAUUUUAUGAUUCUACUUCGUGCAGCAGCGUAAAUGUACUACUCAUAUUAGCUGAGGUUAUGCAUGUUUGAAAACAAUUUCUAUUUCUGCUGAUGCUAUGAAUUUUUUAGAUUAAUUAAAAAUGUUUUCUUACUGGUUUUUUAAACUUACGUUUCAGGUAGGCGUUAAAGUUGGUGUCCGUACUAGAGGCUGUAAUGGACUUUCUUAUACAUUAGAAUACACAAAAUCAAAAGGGGACUCUGAUGAGGAAGUAGUACAGGAUGGUAAGUGUGUUUUGGUAUCCCAGAGAUAAUUGUAAGUCCUUUUUUACUCCUCUAAAAUAUUGUUAAUGCCAUUUAAUCUCAGUUGUGCAUGUUUCUCACUAAACUUGGUGUCUGUAAAUUAAAAGGUAACCCUAAUUCACUUCAUUGAUAAAUUGACUUUCUCUCAAAUAAACUUGGUGCUGUCGCCAGUCAGACUUGAUUUCUGUAACUAGCCAUUAAAGGUCUAAUAUUUGAAUGUGCUUCUUAUGUGGUAAGUUUCACAUACUGUAGCAGCACUUCUAAGUUUAUGCUUUGAAUCACAGCUUUGAAUGGACAAAAAUGGUCCAUCAGAAUUGACACUGCCAAGACAUUUAAAAGAGAUUGAAAAUAAACCACUAAUAGAUGGCAUCAACUCAAGCUGACUAGAAUUAUGCUAAAUUACGAAGAAAGCACUUUUUCUGCAGUUAGAACAGGGCAACCAUGCAACGGUUGCAAUCUAAUUUGUGGAGUGGGGUGUUAAACUGUAGUGCAACAGGCCUCAGGUGUUUGUGGCUUGUCUCUGGGUGAAAUAAUGUGUCUUGAUGCAUGCUAGGACAGGAUUAGCUGUUCACAAAUAUUUUGCAUGGGCUGGGGGGGAAUCCAGAAUUUGCUCUCUUUCAAAUCUCAUAAUUGUUUCUUCUUCUUUUUGUCAAGGUGUUAGAGUGUUUAUUGAAAAGAAAGCACAACUCACACUUCUAGGAACUGAAAUGGACUAUAUAGAAGACAAACUGUCCAGUGAAUUUGUUUUCAAUAACCCAAACAUCAAAGGAACAUGUGGUUGUGGAGAAAGCUUUAACAUUUAAAACAUCAGGACUGUUAACUUUUAAGACCACAAAAAUGCUUUCUGGAGUAAUCACUCGGUGUGUGUGUUUUCACAUCUUUAGGCUUUGUAAUAUACAGCUGCCUUUCCAGGAGAAUAAAAGUACUGUGUUUUGAAAGUGUAAUCUGUGUGUUAAAUUCUAGCCCUUGCAUAUUUUGGGUUUAAGAGUGUGGAGAGGAAUUGGUCUGCAGAAGCUCAGAACACUUAGGUUUACUGUAAGAUACCUCUUCAAAUUUCAAUCUGCAAAAAGCUCCUGACAGUUCUUUACAAGACUGAAAAAUAUUGUAUUAAGGCCAUAUGGCUACUUUUUAAAUCUUGGAUUUGAAGGAAUUCCAGUACUGUAGGCCUAACAUUAAUGCAUGAUUUAAGGCAAAACUAAUCCUACCAAGUACUAGAAUUUUACAAAGUAUUUUUAGUACUUUCUCUUCAAAUGUUAAGUGUGAAUUUUGAGGGGCAUAUGAUCUAAUAGAGUUGAGGCGAGUCACAGUGCAAUCCUAACAAUAUCUACUUUGAAGUAAGUCCUCUUGAAUUCAAUGGGACUUACUCCCAAGUAAGUAGGGUUAGGAUUGCAAUCUAAUCUGCAUUUCAGACACCAUACACAUGCAGAUAUUCUGCCCCCUCUUCUCUCCCACCAUCCUAUGUUAUUCUAAGAGGCAUUAAUAAUUUUUGUUUGCCACUAGGAAAGUCACUAAUAUUUUAAGGAACAAUGUAGUCACUGUGAUUUUAAAGAAGGUAAUGCAGAAUCUUUGAUGUUGCUUGUUUUAAUCAGUUUAAAAAUAUUCUGAAGCUAAUUCUAAAACCACUCCCUACAUUUCCUAAGUCUAGAUAUUUUAUUUUUAUGUUCCUGUCAAGCAGCAGAGGACACUAUUUUUUCUGGGUGAUGUGAUUUUGUUACCCUAACAGCUUGUGGCCUGAGUUAAUUUUAAGAAGUCUUCAAAUUUCAACCUAAAUAAGAACAAAACAUCUUACUUGUAAAACCAACUUUGAAUGUUGAUAAUGACUGUUCAAGUAGGGAGGGAGGAGUAAUUUCUUUUUUUAAAAAAAAAACCUACUGUUUUUAUUUUAAUGAGAUUUAUUAUGUUUCAUAUUAAGAAUGAUUUUUUUAAAAAAACAAGCCUGUUUAUAUCAUCUUCCAGCUAACAUACUGUUGCACAUAAGAAGGUGGUGGCUGUUUUAUUAGUUUGAGAAAACUCAGAGCCAUUUUUUCACCCCAGUAUUUCAUAAGGCUUUGUAUAACUAAUGUUCUAACGCUGGCAGUUAUCUUAUAUAGACAGGCAUUCACGCUAUGCUUGAUGUGAGAGGGAUAUGCAGUGUUGGGAGGAUGGUACAUGUGUUUCAGUGCAAGAUUACUAGUGCAAUAACCUUAUCAGCUGCCACAGUUCUGUCCAUUCAGGCCUUGGCGUUUAAGUUAAACAUUGGGAGUGCGGGAAUCUUAACUGUGAGGACAGUUCUGCAGUGGAGCAAACUGGUGAGCUGUGGAAUCCCUGCCUUGCAGACUUCCUUGAAAAAGCUCAAGGCAGGCUUUUCCUACAUAGUAAAUUAAAUGUGCAACUAGGUAAACUGUGUGCAAACACCGGCUCCCUCGGCCUGAAAGCAAGAUGAGCGCUGCAACCCCAUAGUCGCCUUUGACUGGACUUAACCGUCCACGGGUCCUUUACCUUUUUUACCAAACGUGCAACUUAAAAAAAUGCUGGAAAGAGGGGAAGACGGUUCUGUGCAACUUUGGCAUGUUGGCGCACUAGAACUCAUGUGCUUCUUAUGUAGCAGUAUGUUGGAAGAUUCAGGACUCAAAAGAAAUUUUUCCAAACUGAGGUUUGGGGUUUGUUUCCUCCCAAACAAACUUAGUGAUCAUGGUUGGUUUUAAGGGAACAAACAUGAGGCUGGCUUUGGGUGACAAGAAGUUAGACUCUGGCUUGUUUCAUUUGGUGUGUCGGUAACAGGAAUAAAGAAUAAGCACUACAUAGAGUGUGUACCAGUGUGAAGCUCAUUUACAUUAAACCAUGGCUUAAUGUACUGUGCAAACCAGGCCAGUGACUAAGAGCAUGUCUGAGACUAUCAGAACCGUUGCUUAGGACUGCUGCAUUUCUACCCUGUGGAAAUUUUGGGCUAGUGCAAUCAAAAAUUCCAUAUGGAGAACAGCCCCAGUAUUUGACUGCUUCUUAAUGAACGAAGAGGACACUGAAUGUAGACAGUACUGUGUAAAAAUGGUAUUGCGGUAUUCUUACAUCUUAAUAUUUUUAGAAAUGUUGUAUAUUCUGUGUUUUAUGAAAGUGUGCACUUCAGUACUAUGAAAGUACAAUGUAUUUAAAUGCCUAAUGCACAAAUUGGAAGUAAAUUUUUGUUAGCAGUAGCUUAAGAGAUUGUAACUAUUAAUCAUCAAUCACGUGUGCAAUAAUGUAAUGUUGACAUGUAAUAAAUAUUACCUUUUGCUAAACAUGGA